AUGUCAAUUGAAUUAACUUGUCCUAUGGAGGACAUCCCCGAUGAUUUGAAGGUUCCAAUCCUAAAAUGGCUAGAUCUCGACAAAAACCUUGAAACAAUAAAUGAGGUGAUAGGCUUGUGUAAUGACGGUAACUGGACAGAAUUGCAUAAAAGAUUUGAUAAAAGAAUUACAUUUGGGACUGCUGGAUUGAGAUCUAGUAUGGAGGCAGGAUUUAGUAGAAUGAACUCUUUAGUGGUCCUUCAAACAUCACAGGGUCUAGCAACCUAUUUAAAGAAAAUAAAUCCUAAUAACUUAACUUUUGUUAUUGGUCAUGACCAUAGAUUCCAUUCGAAAGAAUUUGCAACCGUUACUACAGCAAUUUUCCUGAAAGCAGGUUUCAAAGUCUAUUCUUUGAAUCCCGAUGAUUCACUGGUUCAUACACCAUUGGUCCCCUUUAGUGUUGAUCAAUUGGGUGCAGCUGCUGGGGUCAUGAUUACUGCAAGCCAUAACCCUAUGAUGGAUAAUGGUUACAAGGUUUAUUAUUCCAAUGGCUGCCAAAUUAUCCCACCUCACGAUCAUAAUAUUGCCAAAUGUAUAGAUGAAAAUUUGGAGCCAUGGGUUGACAAAUGGGAUUGGAAGAUAUUGCUUGAUAAAGGUCAAGAUGAGGGUAUGUUAGAAUAUGUUAAAGAUAGUAUGACCACGAAAUACCUGAACGCUAUCGAUGAUUUGCUGAUAGAUAAGCAACUUGUCCCCAAACUAUCUAGCUUUUCAAACAAGCCAUGGUUCGUAUAUACUCCUAUGCAUGGUGUCGGCCAUGAAAUCUUUAAAAGAUUCGCAGGGGAUUUAUUGCAUUUAAACGAUAGGGAAGAUUAUCUUUGUGUUCCUGAACAAGUUGAACCUGAUCCAACUUUCAAAACAGUUAGUUUCCCAAAUCCUGAAGAAAAGGGAGCCUUAGAUUUGGCAAUUGGAUUAGCUGAAAAGGAAAAUAUUCCCCUAGUCCUUGCUAACGAUCCCGAUGCUGACCGGUUUUCUAUUGCUGUUAAAGAUGUUAGAACAGGUAUCUGGAAACAAGUUUCAGGUGAUGAGAUCGGCUUCUUAUUUGCAAUAUAUGAGUUUCAAAAGUAUCAAAAACUUGAUGAGGACUUUAAAAAGAAACAUCCGCUUGCAAUGGUUAAUUCUACAGUUUCAUCGCAAUUGAUAAAGAGAAUGGCGGAAGUUGAAGGUUUUCUUUAUAAUGAUACUUUAACGGGAUUUAAGUGGAUUGGUAACAGAACAAUAGAUCUUGAAGAAGAGGGUUAUUAUAUACCUUUAGGGUAUGAAGAAGCACUUGGAUAUAUGUUUCCAAGGAUGGAACAUGACAAAGAUGGUAUAAGUGCACUUACAGUGUUCUUACAAUGUUAUUCAAGUUGGAUUUUAGAUUCCAACAGAUUUCCACUUGACAUACUUGAAGAUGGAUUCGAAAAGUAUGGUUACUUUAAGCAGUAUAAUGGCUAUUAUAAAUUACCAAAUCAAGAAUUAAUUAAUGAAAUUUUUGAUUUCAUAAGAAAUAAAUAUGAGCCAAACGGAACAUAUCCACAUAUAAUUGCUAGUCAGUUACAUGUCACUUCUUUCAGGGAUUUAACUGUUGGUUUCCAAUCUGAUACACCUGAUAAUAAGCCAUUGCUACCCAUUGACUCUACAUCUCAGAUGAUUACUGUGACCGCAAAACCAUCUUAUGUUGAAGGAAAUGAAGAAAUUAGAUUUACUAUGAGGGGAUCAGGUACUGAACCAAAAUUAAAAGUUUAUAUAGAGGCAUCUGCAGAAACAGAAACUAGAGCCAAUUAUUUGGCCAAGUUAACAUGGGAGGUUUUGAAAAAGGAAUGGUUUAGACCAGAUGUCACCGGUUUGAAGACUGAUUUUUAG